UCAGGUCUGUGGAUUCUUUGUUAAUGUCUGACAGUGUUUAUUAGUGCAUAUUAUUGUCAAAAGUUGAUAGUUUGAAACCACCUUGUAUCUUCAAAUGUUUUCAUGGCUCAUUUCUUUUCUCUCAGGGUGGUUCAUCCUCCCCUCCUUCCCUCUCAUUCAGUACUACUUUGUGAACAAAUCUUUGACGUGGGAUGAAGCUCAGACCUACUGCAGAGAGAGGUUCACAGACCUGGCUUCCAUUGUGAGCACGACAGAAAUGAGCCAACUUACUGACACGGUUUCCUCCACCGGCUACAACUCUGACGUCUGGAUUGGUCUGUAUGCUGAAAUCGACUGGUUCUGGGCAGAUGGCAUCGACGGCAAGUAUCGGCACUGGGGGGGGCGGUGAACCCAACUUCUCCAUUGGUCGGUACUGUGUGUCAACCGGACGGGCUGGAAAAUGGACGCAUAUCAAGUGUGAGAUCGGCUGCCCAUUCAUCUGCAACAGCGGAACACUGCAGGAUUCUGAAUUUGUGUUUGUGAAUCGCACCAUGUCGUGGGAUGGUGCUCGCCAGUACUGCCAGGAGAACUUCGUAGACCUGGCCACUGUGUGGGACGACGCUGAAAACCAGCUGGUCCAAAACAUGGCAGCAAGUGAAGGAUGGACGUGGAUCGGCUUAUUCAGCUUCCCUUACUAUUACUGGUCCGAUUACAGCAACAGCUCCUUCAGCAACUGGGGUAACGUUUCACUUGAGCUUGGCAUGAUGAGAAACGUCUGUGCCUUCGUAUCUGUGCCAGAAUCGGGGAAAUGGAAGCUUUCGUCCUGCCAAACAAAAUUACCGUUUGUCUGCUGCGCCCCUCCGCUCCCAAUAACGUAUGGGACGGGGCCAGUGGAUACGCAGGGGGAAGCGAAGAAGAAGAAGAAGGGGGAAGCGAAGAAGAAGAAGAAGGGGGAAGUGAAGAAGAAGAAGAAGGGGGAAGUGAAGAAGCGGGUGGUGAAGCUGAGGAUCAAACUGGACGACUCCUCUGUGGAUCUGAACGACCCUGCUGUGAAAGCGGCGCUCCUGAAAAAGCUCCAGGACAGACUGGAGGAGGAAGGAGUGAGUGGAGUCACCCUGAAGUGGAGAGAGCAGCCUGAUGGGGAAGUCUGGCACAGAGAGGAUCUCUAAAUAACCUCACCUGUAUGUCAGCUGAGCUCUUUAAAUACGUGUGUGUAGACCAGAGUGCAACAGCGCCCUCUUGUGUGUGAAAGAGAGUGUGACAUUUAAUGUAGGCUGGCAGCUUGUUCUUUCAGUCAUUGUGAACUCUUCUUACCAACAAGCUUGUGCGUUGGUGUCAUUUUACUCUCAAGAUUCCCAGCUGUGAAAAUUUAGCAUCUUAAAAAUGCAAUCUUGCAUAUUGACUGUCUCCAUUUUAAUCAGUGUGUCCUCUUAUUUUCUGGCAACGUGUCUUGGAACAAGCGUUGUUUCCAUCCUGAUUUGAUCUACCAGCACAUGUAACCAGGUUGUUUUAUUCUGUGUGAGAUGAAUAAUAAAUAGAACUUUAAUGUUU